AUGGAAUCUCUAGAAGAGAUACUAGAAGAUUACACUAAGGGUUUGGGGGCCCUUGACGUUGGGCUGCAGCAGCUGAGGGGGGCCCUUGCAGGCCUUGCUGAGACCCCUGCUGCUGCUGCUGCUGCUGCUGCUGCAGCUGCAGGAGAAGGAGCAGCAGCAGCAACAGCAGCAGCAACAGCAGCAGAAGAAGGAGAUGCUCCUGCAACCCUUCCUCCUAUUGAGACAGCACAGCUGCAUGUAGCCACAGCCUUCGCUGCUUGCUCCCUCUGGUUUGGGUUUAGAGCAGCAGCAGGAGAAGGAGCAGCAGCAGCAACAGCUGCAGCAACAGCAGCAGAAGAAGGAGAUGCUCCUGCAACCCUUCCUCCUAUUGAGACUGCUCAGCUGCAUGUAGCCACAGCCUUCGCUGCUUGCUCCCUCUGGUUUGCAUACCUAAAGACGCAAGGACUAGACCCACAGGGGCACCCCGUUACAAAGGACCUCGCACGGGUGCAGCAAUACAUGCAGAAGGUAUCGAGAGCCAUCCGUGAAGGAGAAAAGAGAACACAGACUGUUGACGUUGCUGCUGCUGAGCGUUUUAUUACUUUUCAUACAAAUAACAAAAGGGGGGCCCCCAGGGGGGCCCCCGAGGGGCCCCCCCCCAGGGGGGCCCCCAAGGGGGCCCCCAAGAAGCGGCGAAAGUUAAGGGGGCCCCCGGGGCCUCCGGGGCCCCCAGCAGAUUCUGAUGUUGAGAUAAUAGAAGAAAGAGAGAACGAGGAGGGGGCCUCGCUCGUUUACCCCCUCAUUGCUGCAUUUGCAGCGCCUGACGUCAUGACUCAGAAUGCCAGCUACUUGGCUUCCUGCGACUCCUUCGCCUUCUACAGCAGACACAGAAGGGCCCCCGGGGCCCCUGGUGCCCCCGGGGGGCCCCCCGGGGGGGCCCCCCCGGUGGGCCCCUCAUCCGAGGCCCCCUUCUGCCUCUCUGCUUCUGGGGUCUGCACGGCGGGGUCACCUCCUUCUGUUCGAGCCCCUGUUGCUGCUUCUGCUGCAGCAGCACUCUCCUGCUGCUCCGCUGCUUCUUACCAGGCUUCUGUGCUGCUGGGGGUCCCCCAUAAGCCCCCGCGUGUGCUGCGGGGGGUAGAGGAGCCUUCUCUGUGUUCUAAGGAAAUAGAUGGGGGGCCCCCAGGGGGCCCCCUUCCUUCUUUCACUGGCAAGAGUUUAUUUGCUGCUGCUUCAGCUGCUGCUGCUGCUGCUGCUGCUGCUGCUGCUGAUGCUGCUGGUGGAAACAGCGGGGACACAGGGGGCUCAACAGGCAAGAGUUUAUUUGCUGCUGCUUCAGCUGCUGCUGCUGCUGCUGCUGCUGCUGAUGCUGCUGGUGGAAACAGCGGGGACACAGGGGGCUCAACAAAGCAGCAGCAAAACCCCUCCUUCCUUCGCUUGGUAUCUACGCCGACGCAGCACUGGGGGGCCCCCACCCCCCCAGCAGACAGCCGGGGGCCCCCCUGUACCCUCAGCAGCUCUUCUUUCUUGAGCAGAGCCUCUAACGAACAACUGGGGGCCCCCCAGGGGCCCCAGGGGGCUAGGGGGCCCCUGGGGGGCCCCCUGGGGGGCCCCCUUGGGGGGCCCCCUGCCGGCUCGCCGCAGUCAGGACUUGAAGCUGCACUCGAACGGCUGCGGCAGCACACUGCUAUGUCUUCUUCUGCUGCUGCUGCUGCUGGUUCUGCUGCUGCUGCUGCUAGUUCUGCUGCUGCUGCUGCUGCUGACGAUGAUGAUGGUUGUUUGUCUGGGGUAGCUGCAGAAGCAACGCGCCCGUGGCUGCUGCGGGAUCAGCUGCAGCAACAGCGACAAAAGCAGCAGCAGCAGCAGCAGCAGCAGCAGCAGCAGAAGGAAAGGAGAGGCAGCAGCAGCAGCAACAGGAGCAGCUGCAGCAGCUGCGUCAGCUGCAUCAGCAGCAGCAGCAGCAACAUAAACACUCUAACCCGCAGCAGCACUUUUAGGGUUUUGUCUUCAGCCUCAGCAGCAGAACUGGGGGCCCCCUCUGCUGCAGCAGAAGUGCAGCAGCUGAGGGGCCCCUGGGGGCCCCCCUACAAAGGCUUAAGCCCAAGCAGGGGGCCCCCCAACAGCACCUCUCCGCAUGCAGGAUGCAGCAGCUGCAGCAGCUGCAGCAACUGCAGCAGCAACCGCAGCAGCAACCGCAGCAGCAACUGCAGCAGUAACUGCAGCAGCAAACAGAUGGCAACAGCUUCCUGCCUUCUCGACCAGCAGCAGCAGCAGCGGCGCCAGCAGCAGCAGCAGCAGCAACAGCAGCAGCAGCAGCAGCAGCAGCAGCAGCAGCAACACGACCACCCAAUACCGCAGCGGCGCGUUUUGCAUUUUCUGGCUGAGGCUGGUCCAAGGGAAGUUCGCUGGCAGCAGCAGCAGCACCAGCAGCAGCACCAGCAGCAGCUGCUGCAGCAGCAGCAACAACAGCAGCAGCAGCAGCAACAGAAGCAGCUGCUGCUGCUGCACCGCCGCGGAGCUUUGCCUUCAAUAUCUGAGGGUGUUGCUGAGAUGCCAGCAGCUGAAGAAGCAGCAAAUGAAUACACUGCUGCUGCUGUUGCUGCUGCUGCUGCUGCUGCUGCUGCUGUUGGGGUGGCGCACUCCACGGGCGAGCAGCAGCAGCAGCAGCAGAGGCUCCGAAACAUUCAGCAGCAGCAGCAGCAGCAGCAGCAGCAGAUUGGGGGGACAGAACGAAAGACGCAGCAACGCAGUAAGCAGCAAACCCGCAGCAGCCAAACCUCGCAGACACCCCAGAUGCAGCAGCAGCAGCAGCAGCAGCAACUGCAGCAGCAGCUGCUGCAGCAGCAGCAACUGCAGCAGCAGCAGCAACUGCAGCAGCAGCAAAACUGUCGAGCUGCUGAUCAUCUUCACCAGCAUCACUACCGCUCUGCUUCGGCGCCUCGCAAGACAGAGGAGCCAGCAGUUGCUGCUGCUGCCCCUGCUGCUGCAAGCUUCAGCUGCAGCAGCAGCUGCAGCAGCAACAGGAGCAGCAGCAGAAGCAGCAGCAAUGGUAGACAGAGAAUGCGGCUGAGUGCUGCUUCCUCUCUACAGGAAUACACAGAGUGGAAUACAGAGCAGCAGCAGCAGCAGCAGCAGCAGCAACAGCAACGACAAAACAGACGCAUGCUGCCUCAGCAGCAGCAACUGCAGCAGCAGCAGCAGCAGCAGCAGCAGCAGCAGCAGCAGCAGAUAGGGCAUCGCGAAGCACGGGAGCGAUCAGACCGCAGCAGCUGCUGCAGCAAGAGAAGCAGCUGCAACAGCCAGAGGGGCACAGCUCGCAGCAGCGGAAGCAGCAGGAAAGCAGUUGCAUGCAGCAGCAGCAACACCAACGGUAACAACAGCAGCAGCAGCAGCAACAACAACAACAACAGAAGCAGCAGCAACAGCAGCAGCAGCAGCAGCAGAAGCAACAGAGGCAACUACCCAGGACUUAGCCGCAUUUCUGCUGAGCCCCUUCAUCGCAGCAUCGCCCACAAGUGCAGCAGCAACAGCAGCAGCAGCAGCAGCAGCAGCAGCAGAGGCAACUACCCAGGACUUAGCCGCAUUUCUGCUGAGCCCCUUCAUCGCAGCAUCGCCCACAAGUCCCCACAAUUCCCGCGGAUAGGUUUAGAGUCUCCUAUACACCCCGGCAACAGCAGCAGCAGCAAGCACAGCAGCAGCAGCAAACCCAGCAGCAGCGACAAACACAGCAGCAGCAGCAACAUCCGCAGCAACAAAAGCAGCAGCAGCAAAAGCAGCAGCAGAGGCCGAAGUAGGCGGUUUGCUGCGGUUGUAGUACAAGCAGCAGCAGAACUUCCCCGCAGAAGCAGCAACAGCAACCAACAGCAGCAGCAGCAGCAGCAGCAGCAGCUGAACCCGCAACAGCAGCAGCAGCAGGGAAGGGAUUGGCGUUGCUGCUGCUGCAGCGACUUGGAGGCCCAGUGUUGCUGCUGCGGCUGUUCAGCAGCAGCAGCAGACGCACAGGAGGAGGGACAGCAGGGACAUCUGCAGCAGCAACAGCAACAGCAGCAGCAGCAGCAGCAGCAGCAGCAGCAAGAGCUGUUGCUGCAGCGCCGCAGCAACAAAAGCAGCAGCAGCAAAAGCAGCAGCAGAGGCCGAAGUAGGCGGUUUGCUGCCGUUGUAGUACAAGCAGCAGCAGAACUUCCCCGCAGAAGCAGCAGCAGAAACCAACAGCAGCAGCAGCAGCAGCAGCAGCAGCAGCAGCUGAACCCGCAACAGCAGCAGCAGCAAGGAAGGGAUUGGCGUUGCUGCUGCUGCAGCGACUUGGAGGCCCAGUGCUGCUGCUGCGACUGUUCAGCAGCAGCAGCAGACGCACAGGAGGAGGGACAGCAGGGACGUCUGCAGCAGCAACAGCAACAGCAGCAGCAGCAGCAGCAGCAGCAGCAGCAAGAGCUGUUGCUGCAGCAGCAGCAGGAAGUGGAGGAGCUGCUGCAGUCGUGGGGCAGCGGAGACAGCGAGAAGAAAGCUAGACUUGCUCCGCAGCAGCAGCAGCAGCUGCUGCUGCUGCCGCUGCCGUUUGUUUUGCUGCUGCUGCUGCCGCCAUCCUAUCCACCCCUCCCUGCUACCAUUCCUCCCUCAUACGCAGCAGCAGCAUCAGCAGAAAGAGCAACAGCAGCAGCAGCAGCAGCAGCAGCACUAGCAGCAGCAAUAGCAGCAGCAACAGCUGCAGCAGAACUACCCACCGGUGCAGCAGCAACGUUAGCAAGGCAUUGCAACUCUUACAGGGGGCACCACGAGCACCAACAGCUACUCCUGCUGCUGCAGCUGCGGCUGCAGCAGCAACUGCAGCAGCAGCAGCUAGUGCAGCAGCAGCUGCUGCUGCAGCAGAUGCUGUCUUCCUCUUCCCUCAAAGACAAUGAAAAUAUUGAAGCUGCUGCUGCUGCCCCCUGGAUGUGGGGCCCCGUGGCCCACGCCGAUGCAGCAGCAGCAGCAGCAGCCGCAGCAGCAGCAGCAGCAGCAACAGCAACAGCAAGAUUUUUAAGACUUCCGCGCAAGGGGUCAUGGCGGCCAAGCAGCAGCAAUAGAUACUGCAGGUGCAGCAGCUGUGACAACAGAUACUUCACCAGCAGCAGCAGCAGCAACAGCAGCAGCAGCAGCAGCAGCAGCAGCAGCAGCAGCAUCAAGAACAGCAGGAACAGCAGGAACAGCAGCAGCAGCAGACAACAGUAA